GGUAGCUCACAAGCACGAAAGGGCGACGGGGCUCUCUGAACUACAGUACCCACAAGUCACCGUGUGCGUCAACAGCAACAGCUAGGAUGUUGCGAUAAUGCUGGCAGCCAAAGAUUGCUGUGGUUGCAGAGAUUAGACGGUUGUGUCGAAACCUCAGUCGGUACCGUUUUAGCGGAUGACAGACGCAGUACUUACACACUUGCAGCGGACGCAGACUCGUCUCCUAUCAACUCGACGCUUAUUGGGGGCUUCCCUGCGCUGAAGGCGUCAGCGAACGGAAACCAUAUAGUUUUUAUAUAUAUAUAUAAAUAUAUAUAUUAUACACACACACAAAUGGAAGAAAUUAAAUAGCCCCACAGACAGUAAGCUAUGAGGCAACAAACGGUCGCUGCACUUUCCUGAAGGAUGGAAACAGCUUUUUGGGCAGCGCUGUCGCAGUUACUCGAAGGGUACACCGCGUUUGAAGACAUUUUCUUCAGAGGAUAACCUGGAUAACCUUACACGAAAUGUCAUAGCGCCUUAGCAGCUAGCACUUAGCUAGCUUGGUAACGGCUGGACGAGAUGGAGAUGGACCUAUUUUUCCUCAGCAGCCGCAGCCGACCAUGAACAGCUGGCUGGCUGGUAAGAGGAGCACUUUUCCGGAGAUGCUUUAACCUCCUGGGCGGUGUAAUACACUUACAUAACUGCUAGCCGCUCUAUAGUUAUCACCAACUGGCUUGUGUUGGCAAGCAAAUGGGAAAUUUCCCCUAAAAGUAUCUCACAUCAUCACCACAAGUGAAAGCGGAAUUACUUGCAUAUUUUUGAGGCACCAGAAUAGACUGGAUAAGUUUACACAAGGAUCCGGGGAUAUAAUAUAUCACUGCAAUAAGCCAGCACAUCACAGCGUGAAGAGGGCGAGCGCCACAUCUUCCCUGCUGUCAUUUCGACAUCAUGAGGAAGUUCUUUGAUUCCCGUCGGGAGUUGGUGAGCUCCGGGCCUGGUUCUGGAGGAGGAGGGGGCAGCAGCUCUGGGUCCAGUCACGCCGGAGGAAAUUUCAUUGGCAGAGCCUUCACUGUCGGGCGGCACCAAGUCACAGUUGAGGAGAUCAUUGCUGAAGGUGGCUUUGCUAUUGUGUUCCUGGUGAAAACAAACCAAGGGGUGCGUUGUGCCCUGAAGAGGAUGUACGUCAACAAUGAGCAUGAUCUGCAGGUGUGCAAACAGGAGAUUCAGAUUAUGAAAGACCUCGUUGGCCACAAGAAUAUUGUUGGUUAUCUGGACUCCAGUAUCACAGCUAUGGGAUCCCGAGAUGUAUGGGAGGUUCUCAUACUGAUGGACUACUGCAAAGGAGGGCAGGUGGUUAAUCUGAUGAAUCAGAGACUUCAAACUGGCUUCACGGAGUCCGAGGUGCUUCAGAUCUUCUGUGACACCUGCGAUGCCGUAUCUCGCCUGCAUCAGCGCAAGGCGCCUAUCGUCCACAGAGACCUCAAGGUGGAGAACAUUCUCCUGCAUGACAAAGGUCAUUACGUGCUGUGCGACUUUGGCAGCGCCACAAACAGGUUCCAAAACCCGCAGACCGAAGGAGUGGCAGCAGUGGAGGAAGAAAUCAAAAAGUACACGACUUUGUCAUAUCGUGCUCCAGAAAUGGUAAACCUCUACAACAAUAAGAUUAUAACUACAAAGGCUGAUGUCUGGGCGCUGGGCUGUCUGCUGUACAAGUUGUGCUUCUUCACUCUCCCCUUUGGUGAAAGCCAGGUGGCCAUCUGUGAUGGCAGUUUCACUAUUCCAGAUAAUUCCCGUUACUCUUACGAUCUCCACUGCCUCAUUCGCUACAUGCUGGAGCCGGAUCCUGACAAAAGACCGGAUAUCUAUCAGGUGUCCUACUUUGCUUUUAAACUCGCUCAGCGGACUUGCCCUGUUCAGAAUGUGAAGAAUUCUCCGAUUCCUCCCACACUUCCUGAGCCAAUCAAAGCGAGUGAGGCUGCCGCAGCAAAGAAGAGCCAGACUAAGCCCAGACUCACAGAUCCAAUUCCCACCACUGAAACCUCCAUCACCCCUCGUCAGAGGCCCAAAGCCGUGCACACCCAGCCCGCUGCUGGCAUCCUACCCAUCCAGCCUGCUGCCCUCACCCCUCGCAAGCGAGCUAAUCUGUCUGGUGCCGCAGCUCAGUCUGUGGGAGUCAGCUUAGACCUCUCCCAGCCAGCUGCAGCUCUCCAGUCGCAGAAGGUACAGACGUCAGCUCAGCCGUUCAUUCAAACACAAACCAACGCAAAUCAGGUUGCUGCUCCACAGAAGCAGAAUGUGCAGCCGGCUGCAGCUGCUGGAGCAGAGACGGCAGCCUCUGCAGCAUCACAAGUGGCCAAAGCUGACGCUGCACCGCAAGCACAGCCAACAUCCCAGCAACAGGCCACGCCUUCUUCUUCUGUGGUUAGCUCCGCUCCUCCACAGGCAGCGCAGACUCCGUCCAGCCCUGCCGCACCUCAGCGUCCAGCGCGUCGCAAACAACCGGGUCAGACUCAGCCACCAGAGGCUCAGCCCUCUCCGAGCCAGGCGUCUCCGGGACAACCAGAAGCGGCUGCGCAACAGGAGACACCAGCUCCAAGUCAGCCUGCUUCCACUGAGGCCAGCCAAAAAUCAGCUCAGAUCACUCCACCUGAGACUCCAAAGACAUCUGAGGACCGAGGUCACCAACGUGUACCGAGUGAUGCAGCAUCAAACGGUGCUGCAGAUCCUGUCAGUGACUCCACACAGCUGCUGCAGGGGGAUAAUGGAAAUGUUGCUCUCAGCCAAUCACUUGUAUCUCAACCAAACGCCGCCGACUCUGUUCAGCCGAGCCUUUGCGAUGCAGCGCAGGACCAAAACAAAGCUGCAGCUACCGUCCCUUCCUCUGGUUCCUCCAACACCCCCACGCAGCCAGCAUGGAACCCGUUUGACGACGACAACUUCUCCAACUUCACAGCUGACGAAUUCAAAGCUGAUGACAAAAAGUCUUCAGAUAUGGUGUCAGAUUCUGAGGUAACACCUUCGGAAGAGCUGAUUCCAGGUCUGCAGGCCUCAUCUGUGGAAAACACUUCUCAAGAAAAUGCUGAACGGUCAUCUGCUAUUCUGGACUCGGGAGCCUCUCUUUUGGUUGUCCCAGAUCCUUUCCAUACCCUUGAACUGUCGGAUGCUCCAGAGAAGUUGAUUGAAGGUCUCAAAUCUCCUGACACAUCUUCACUCAUGCUUCCUGAUCUGCUGUCAUUGUCUGAUCCUUUUGGAGGGUCUGUGGAGUCUGUGAAAGACCCUCUCACUGCAGACGACUCUCUCCUCGGGUCUCUCAUCUCCGGACCACCCGCAGCACCGGGCAGCGCCACCUCCUCCAUUUCCUCUGCUCCCACCUCUGCCACAUCUGCUCUGGAUGAUUUCAGCCUGCUGUCUGGAGACUCAGUACAGCCGAAAGGGGACUCGUCUCUCUUGAUCUCAGACUUCGAGGCCCAGUCGGCCAGUGCGGAGGCUGCUACAGAGGACGACUUUGAUCCUAUUCCCGUCACAGGCCGAAAGAAUUCCCAAGUUUCAGGAGGCCACUCGCGCAGUAACAGCGGUGGUUCUGAAUCCAGCCUGCCCAGCUUGGCCCGCUCCCUGAUGCUGGUGGACCAGCUCAUCGACUUGUAGAUGGCCCCCCCUUCCUCCUUCAUAGAAGCUGUAACUCUGGAUAAUAGUCCGGCAUAGCAUAACAACAAUCAGCCGUGUAGACGUAGAUAGCUCUCUGCACCCCCUCCCUGACUUCCUCCCUUCAUUAUAGAAACAUCCCUCACCUGUCAGCGUUUCUUCAUUCCUACUUUUCUUUCAUCGAUAGAAGCGUCCGCCAUCUCUUCAUCUUUCAUCUUCACACUAACAUUUCAGCUUUGUUCUAGUUGCCAUGCAUUAUGUAUGAUCCACCGAGAACGAGCAGCCAAUUCACCGUCCAUUUUAAGCACUAGUCAUGUUAGGGUUUUUUUUUUUUUUGUCAAUCAGGAUAAAAGCUAUCAGUUUAUUUGAAGAAUACAGCAUUUUGUCUAAUAGCAAACAAACAAAAAAAAAGAUCAUUGUCGUAAUGUAAAGUAGACAUAGUUCUAAGUGGUUGUAGUUCUCGUGCACAAGUGAAUUUGUCGUGGUUUGCCUUCCUAGAUUUUCCUCCCUGAGUUUAUUUGCACAGAAAAAAAAAAGAAAAAAAAAACACGGAAAAUUUAAAUGAUCGUUCAUUCAGGUGAGGUUUAUUUGAAUUAACAAAGCCAAACAUCUCUGAAUCUGAUGUCACGUAGCCUGAUUUGCAGGGAGAUGCAUAAAUGUUAGACUUGUUUGAGUUGAGGGAUGGAAGAUCUGUACGACUGAAGCUGCUGUAGUUGAGCAUGAAAAACAGAACCGUGAGUCAUUACACGCUACAUUAACGUGCCAUAGAAUAACCCGAGAAGUGACGAGAACAGCAAAGCAAAGACGAAGCACAGCGCACUCCAUAAUUAUUGGCACCCCUAGUAAUGAUUUUUAUUUAAAAAACUCACAGAUAAAAAAUUUUUUUGCUUCCUGUGUGAAGUGGAAAGAUUAGCUUGAGUGCCUGCCUUGUUUGCCACACAUCUAGUUGUAUUAAACCUUUAAUUGUUGCUCUGACUGCAAUUAGCAUGUUCUGCUAUACAAAGGUUUAAAAAAAUCCAUCAAGAAUAUCUUGGCCAUAUUGUUUGGAGUUUAUUAAGAAAGCAAUUUUCUGAUUUGAGCAUCAGAAGAUCAAGAUGCAUUUUAUCUCGUGUUUUCUUGUCUUUCCCAUUGUUAAAAGUAAUAACAUUUUGCCGCUUAUCACUAUAUCAUCAUUUCACCUGAGUAAAACAAAAACACGCAUUACCAAUCAAAAUCUCUGAGGCACUCUGAGAAUGUUAAAAAAGUAGGCAUAAACUACAAAUGUGGCAUUUUUUUGUCAUUAAAGAUACUUUACUGUCUUCGGAUAUUUCGCUCACUAAAAAACUCAAAUUUAAGGUUUGGACUUUUCUAAAUGUUUCCUGUUGGGUUCAUGCUACCGCAGUAAAAGAUUAAUUAAUUUUCAGUCUUUUUUAAGCAUCUUUACCAGGCAUGCCAACAUUUGUAUACAGUGCUGUACACUCAACCAUUCAAUAUGAAUAAUAUUUUUUCUUGUCUAUUCCACUUUGCUUUUUUUUUUAGAUGAAGAUUUUAAGUUGUUUUCCUGAAGGAAGGUCAUGUUGGAACUUAAUCAGAAGUCGGUGUGUUUAUAGCAGCGUGCCAUAUCUGUAGAAAUGCAUGAAAUCUUGAUAAUAAUGUGAGAAACUAACAAUAAUAGGACCUAGCAGAUAAAAAGUAGCAAAUAUAAAUAUACACAACACUCUCCAAUCAUUUCUUGGCACUGUCAGAAAUCUCAUUAGACGAAUAUUUUUUCACACACACACUCUUUUGUUUUCGCACAUUUAGUCCACAUUCUCCAAUCCCUCCUACAUUCCUCACAUUUGUUUACUCCUUAUUUAUGUAAAUAGAUAUCUGCAGACUCUUAUCCAGACCGUAUAUAUGAAGUCAUUGUCAUAAAGCUUUACACGUGGAAGACAUAUUGCUUUAUGUGUGAAUCUGAUGUACAUGUCAUAUAUAUGCAUAUAUAUAUAUGACAUUGUUUUCCUGUUAAUACAUGUUAAUAUGAAUAGAGUGUUAGAGAUUGAAUGUAAGAAAAAAAUAUUAGUCUAUAUUAAAAAUCUAUAUAUGAUUCUUAACAUCAUAAUUGUUCAAUAAUGUUAAAGAAUACCUGAAAAUGUCAUUCCUCUGUGCAGACAUGUGACUUUUUUAUUUUUCUUCUUGGUUAUAAAUGCUCUGAAACUGUCAGUAUGUUAAAAUGUAUAGAAGCUAACCCUGGUCUCCGUCCAGCCUGGAAGAUUAGGCCUGAACCCAUGUCUUAUCCCACUCUCGUGAAAAGAAAAAUGAAUCUGUGUGUGGUCUGUUCUCAUGGACAAGUGGACAAUUAUAUUUUUUAUUCAAAGCAGCCGGUGUAUAGAGGGGGAGUUGAAUUGUGUGAAUUUUUGGUCCCAUUUCAUUAGAUUUUUUUUUUUGUGCUUCUUAAGGCUUUUUUGACUAAUUUUAGUGAUCACAGGAUUCAUAUCAAAAAGCAUGGCAGUGUUGUUGAAUGUUACAAUCCCAUGCGUUGGUAUACAGUGUUCUGAAAAGUGUGCGUGUGUGGACUCUAAAGUGUUGGGUGUUUUUUCCAGUAGUCUUCUUGUGUUGUUGUUGUUUGCUGCAGAAAUGGCAUUUGGUCAGUUUGUCCUUAAAUCUCCUCUGAAAGCACAGACCCCCUCUCCUCCUAAAUUCUCUCAGGUGGUCAGAGCUGCAUCUCCUGCAGCACGCUGACCUACUGCUCUCCCGUUCUCUGGAAGUAUGCGUUUACUUUUGCAGUUUACAGAAACAACCCUUGUCUUGUAUUUAAUGUUUUCGGGGCUCUGUGGAGUAUGGCGGUCUGAAGGUGCAGCCCUGUGGCUGAAGUCCGAUUAUCACACAGCAUUAUAAACAUUAUUGAAGGUCAGAACUGUAUAGAUGUUUCUGUAGGAUAAUUUAAAGGGGUUCAUGCUUCUGAUACAUGAUUGCAAUGAAAAUGGCUACUUUCACUUGUUUGUUCUUAUUUUUAUUUUAUAUGAAAAACGGAAUUUAAAAAAAGCACAAGUUUUAUUUUUGGAGAAAGAGAUUUAGAAAUAUCUUUAUUUUAUGUAAAUGAAGUGCCCAAGUUUAAUAAGUUAGUUGGCCAUAUUUCAACAAUCCAUGUGCAAUAUUAUUUUAAAUAUAGCUAGCAUUUAAAGGGGAGCUAUUAUGCAAAACUCGCAUGUUCCAAGUUUCUGUACUUUCAUUUAAGUCUCAACUGCUUCUAAAAACCAAGAGCUCAAGAAAACCACCCAGCCUCUUUUUUGGCAGUAAGCUAAUGUUCUUUGGUGUCUGCAAAAUGAGCCUCCUAAUUUUUAAGUCACAUUCGACAAACGCUGUGCUGUUUACCCAGCAGCAGCUUAUAUGAAUUUAAAGUGACAAGAGGCCCUAAAAUAGCUCGUUCUGAAAGGAGUUCAAAAUGGAAAGAACUUGACCAGACUAAGAUCUCAUAAUUUAAGAAUAAUUUUGUAUAAAGAAAUGUAACAAACAUGUUUUGUAUAACCCAUAGGCCUUUCAAGGAAGCAUAAUAGAUCCCCUUUAAGUGACAAGCGUAGAAAUAUCAAGCCCAGAAUCUAAAGGUUGUGCCAAAAGGAUACAGUAUGGAGUGAGCUACUCAGAUGUUAAUAACAUUUCCCCUUAUAGUGCAGAAGGUUUGAGUAGAAAACAACAACAGGAAGACAUCUUGAAAGCCUUGUUGUUAUAUUUACCGGAGUUGCUGCAUGUGCAGUUUUGAGGCUUAAAAUACCCAAUGAUCACGUUUCUGAUCCUCCAGCUGAACAUCAGUCAUCUGCAGUUACUGUCUGAACCUAUGCAAGUCCCCAAGCUUUUUCCCUCUAAGCGUUAGUGUGCUGUUGUAUUUACUUAAAGCCAAGCAAGGCAAGUAGCUGGUGAGAAACAGAAGCCCCAGAUUUGUGGUUUUUUUUUUUUUCUGUCAUUUCCCCCAAAAUGAAAACAGUCAAGCUAUGUGACAUUAUCAAGUGUUUUUGAGAUGCCUCCUUGUCAUUAUGGCCUAAACCUGCGUCAGAGCUGUGAUACUGUGUGCUCCUAUUUUUGUGAGAUAAUUUAAGAAUUAUAAAGGGAUGGCUAAUAAAGUACAAAUGUGAAUGUUGA